AUGAGGCGUCUUAGUUGUGAUAUAGGAAUAUGCUCUGAAGAAUCAGUGCAAUGUUCACAUGGACAACAUAUUGGCUUCUAUAACAUUGGGAAUACAGCUUUAAGCAACAAUACUUAUCCAUCAAAAACUAGGAAAAAUAAUGCUAUAGCUGAGCGCAGUAGAACAUCUUUCGGAAUUUCCAUUUCUAAACCAGACCAUGGACUGGAUGAAAUUUCAGUCGAAGACCGCUCUGACAUUAAUAUACCGCCUGAUGACAGCUUCUGGACUGAUAUUCCUUCAAUGAAUGAAAAUUUAACAUCUACCACCAUGACCAAAACCGUAUUAACAGCCCUCCAUUGUGAAGAUGAUAAUUCCAGCUCAGAUUACAACAUUUUUUAG